GUUUGUUUGUUUAUACAUUAUUAUUUGCAUCAAGUCUUUGAAUGAAAUGUCGAGUCUGCAUCCGAGUCCUUUUAGUUUAUGGAGCAUUAACUUUCAAUGGAGAAUUGUUUAUUUGGCCUCAUUUUUACAAGGGUUUAGUUUCAAAUUGUCGAUCUGUUAAAGAGAGAAAAAAAGGAGGGAGAAUAGUAAGCCGCUUGUAUACAAUGACUCUUGUGCCUCAAGCAUCUACAUCUGAGUUCAGAAAUGACGUGCUUGAGAUUGAAAUAGAGAUUUAUCGCUUUAGAAAUAAUAUGCUGAAUGGAAUAGAUGAUAAGAAAAAUUUCUGAUUUUUUUCUUUCAUCUUAAACAAUCAGUGAUCUUUUUUUCCC